AAGCAAAGCGGCAGAUAUGAAAUGGCGACGGAAUCGACUGGGAGGAAAAGUGCAGCUCGGCAAACCUAUAGUGAUGCCAUUUGCAGUUUUGUUAUCUGCAAUGAGUCUUCCCUUCAGCGGCAUCAAAUCAUCUUUAAUCCAGACUUCUUUGUGGAGAAGCUGAGACAUGAGAAGCCUGAAGCAUUCACAGAACUUGUGGUCAGCAACAUUACCCGAUUGAUUGACUUGCCUGGAGCAGAGCUUGCUCAAUUGAUGGGUGAGGAAGAGCCCGCGUUGCCUGGUGGGCCUAGCAUUUCCUCAGGUUUUUUCCGUUCCUUGAUGUCUCUGAAACGCAAAGAGAAAGGGGUGGUAUUUGGAGCACCACUGACUGAAGAAGGCAUUGCUCAAAUAUCUCAACUCAUUGAGUAUUUGCAUAAGAAUUUACGGACAGAAGGCUUGUUCCGAGUGCCCGGAAACAGUACUAGGCAACAGAACCUGAAAGAAGCAUUGAAUAGUGGAACAGAAAUUGACCUGGAUUCAGGCGAAUUUCAUUCCAAUGAUGUGGCUACUUUGUUGAAGAUGUUCCUAGGAGAAUUACCAGAGCCUUUGCUGACUCACAAACAUUUCCAUGCACACCUUAAAAUUUCAGCCACACUUAACAGACAUUUCCCUGAUUCCUGGAUUACAGACUUGAUGCAGUUUGAUGACAAAGGCAACAAGACCAACAAUCCAGAUAAAGUGCGUCAGAUUGAAGCACUGCAAUUGCUCUUCUUGAUCUUACCACCUGCCAAUCGUAAUCUGCUCAAAUUGCUAUUGGAUCUGCUCUAUCAAACAGCCAAGAAACAGGACAAGAAUAAGAUGUCAGCACAUAACCUUGCUCUUAUGUUUUCACCUCAUAUUUUGUGGCCCCGAAAUGUGACUACCAGCGAUCUGCAAGAAAACAUUAACAAACUAAAUAAUGGAAUGGCUUUCAUGAUCAAGCACUCACAAAAACUCUUCAAAGCUCCAGUAUAUAUCCGGGAAUAUGCCAGGAUACAUUAUUUGGACUCCAGAACUCAUGCUUCAAAGGAUGACCUGGAUUUGCCAAUGGUCCAGAAUUUCAAAGACAUUCAGCUCCUGAAAUUCAAGAAACGAGGGCUCUUAGAUCCUUCUGCCCAUUUGGAAGACACACAGCACCAUACAGAAGAAGCAUUGAAAGAGCUUUUCUGCCAUGUUCAUAAUAUGCCAGAUUCCGCCAAGAAAAAGAAGCUUAUUCAGCAGUUUCAGAAGCACCCUGAAGCCCUUACUCCUCAGACAGCUAUGUCCACACAGAUUCAGAAACGUGCCAGAACUCGUUCCUUCAGUGGCUUAAUCAAGCGUAAAGUGUUGGGAAAUCAGGUGAUUUUAGACAAAAAGAAAAAUGAUACUGUUACAGAACCUGCAGGCACUAAGGAUUCAAAGCAUGGCAGCAAGGAGAAUAUCAGCAUGACACCAGCUUCCUCUCCAGCAAUUAAUUUGAUAAGAGCUAAGCUGAAAUCUCUUGAACACAGGAAAGAGGAUGCCUCUAAAAAUACUUGAUUUCAUGGAACUUCAAGAAUAUUUCCCUUGAGCUGAUGGUGUACAGUAUAUGUCUAACUUCACUUACUGGAGCUUACAGCUAUGUGCCUUCCAGAAUAACAAGAUUUCCUCUUUCAUAAGGACAUUUCUGUCUGUUCCUUUGUUGAUGCACUGGAUGAUAUUAUUUAGUUUUAUUUUUGUUCCCAAAUGUUCACUAUUUUGACCACCGUUGAGGCUUGCUUUGCAUCCUCUGUCUAUGCUCAUGUAUACAAGGUUGUGUCUUUUUUUUUAACCUGGCAGUUGCCAUUAACAUCCACCACAGUUAAUUCUUGUUUGCAGUUACACUCCUCUUGUUAUCUUUGGAAAUGGCAGUUCUGUGAUGACCAGGAUGGGAAGAAGAGUAUUACAUUUAACUAUCUCCCACAGGUUGCUGGGGCCACUCUCACACCAAUUUUUCAAUCCCUGAACUAUCUUGACACAUUUAGAUCAAGAGUGUAGAGAAAUUGUGCUGUGCACACAAUCUCCAGAAAAUGUCUCACUAACAAAAUGUAACAGGGCUCUUUAUUUAAAUUCUACUCAGUGUUCUGAAUCAGUUACAUCUUUCUCCUUUCACAGGACUAGUGAUUCCAUUGUUAAAUGUAAUUGUCCUGGGAAUGCCAUUCUUAUUUUCUCCUCAGUGCUGUGAAAACAUUUUGGAUGAAGCUCUCCAGCACCACCGUUACAUUUCCAUUGUUUGCAAUCCAGGCUCUGACUCACAUUUUUCAGGCAGGGCCAAGGAGCUGACAGUUUAAUGACUAACAAUCUACUGGAAGAAUACUAAAAGGCAGAAGAGCUCGUUAAUGUGGAAGGCGGCUGACUUGCUCAUUGGGAAGGCGGGAAGGUUGUCAAAUUACUAAAAGAAAUGUUUCCUUUUUCUUUUGUCAAUAACAGACAAACACAUGUGGGAGGAGGGUGCACUGAUACAGCAGUAUUGCUGUUUGAGGGGAAAAAAGACUACAGCAAUAUUGCAACUGCUUGAAACUGCUAAGUUUCUCCCUGCUCUUGAAGACUCAGAAAUCAACACUGAGUUAGGUGAACAUUUCUGCCAUCUUUCCAGAAAACAUUGCUGUCUGAAAGAUUUGUAACAUGAGUUUCAUUCCCCCCCUCCAAAGAGAAGUCUAUAUGUUGUCUUUUGUUUCAUGCUGAGGUUUUGUUUUUAAAUUUCAGGCAUUUUUUUAAAAAAAAACUGAAGUAAUAUGGAACAAAGCCUGGUUUGAUUUUUUUUUAAGGAUUGGGAGGCUAUUUGGGUUCCUUAAAUAUAAGGACUGAUAUUUUCUUCCUCUUUUAAAGGAGUAGACUUCUAAAUCAGAUAUAUACAAUAUUAUAUAAUAUGUUCUCUAGCAGGAUGCAUAUACCCACAAAUCUACUUGUCAAUAACUUGUCACAAUGGUUGCUAACAUUGUGAAGUCAUAGGUUAGGCUGAGAGUAUGCCAAGAGAACUGAGAUAGGGAAAACAGUAGAGAGAAACACUCUUUAAGUUCUCAUUCUUACCUUGAUUUGGUCAGGUUUAACUACACUGAGAAGAAUCUGACAGGAAUAUGUCCAAACUCCCAUUCAAAUCUUGAAAGUAAAGCUUUCUUCUGCACCAUAG